AUGUAUGCUUCGAAUGUAGAAGAGUGUGCAAACGAAAAUAUCGUCCCAGUAUCUACCUUUACAUAUAGACAAAUGUUUGUCAAUGAUUUUAAUUUUGGAUUUGGUCCUCCAAAGACUGAUACAUGUGCAGUUUGCGAUGUAGGAUCAAAUGAGGAACAUGUUGCAAAGUAUAAAAAAGCCUUUGACGUACAAAAAUCUAAUCGAGAAAAUGCAAAAGCAAACGAAAAAAUCAUAUACCUCACAUUUGAUUUACAAAAAACGCUUCCCCUGCCAAAAAUUUCUACAAGCAAAGCCUUCUAUGUACGACAAGUAUGGCUCUACAAUCUAGGAAUAUAUUUAAUAUCAACACAACAAAAUGGUAAAGGUUUUUUCCACGUUUGGACCGAAGACCAAGGGAGUUGCGGUCCUGAAGAGAUUGGCAGCUCACUUAUGGCCUUUUUGGAGAAUACCAAGGACCAAGCCAUCGCUCCCGAUCAUCUAAUUGCAUGGAGUGAUUCGGCAGGUGGCCAAAAUAAAAAAAAUUAUAUUGUCUGUCUAUGGCACUAUCUAAUAAAUUCAGGAGUGUUCAGAAAAAUUGACCAUACGUUUCCUGAAGUGGGACAUACUUUCAUGGACUCUGAUAGAGACUUUGCAGCUGUUGAAAAGUCUAUCAGAAAGCACCAAUCAAUUUAUACAAUAGACUAA